AUGGCGGAUCGUGAAAUACAAAAUUUAACCAUUAUAAGAGUCAGUGAAGAAAUUGAUGAGAAUGAUUCUAUCGGAAGUGAUGAUAAUGAUGAUAUUGGUGCUGGUAAAUCUAACGGAAAUAAUAAUGGUUAUGGCGUGCCCCAUAACAGGACGCUGCCGUGUUUACAAAGUGCUUCCAAGUCUCCGGGCCGAGUAAGGACCGUAGUUGAUAAGGGACAGCCCCACAAUGCAUAUACCGUAUCGCGAAAAUUCGUCUACGAGGAUCUUUGCGCCACCCGUUGCGCAAAAAAAUGUUACAGUUUCAAAUGCAUUGAGCUACCGAGAAUUAUUACAUUUGAAGCCCUUGCCAUAAAGUUACAAAUUAGCAACAUUAACAUUGUCUGUCUGACUGUGUACAGACCUGGAUCAGUUUCACCUACAUUGUUUUUUGCUGAACUUGUCUCUGUACUGGAAGUAAUUGAGUUAAUUGAAAACAACAUUAUAUUAGCUGGGGAUAUCAAUGUGCACAUGGAGAAACACAAUGACCGUCAUGCUGCUGCGCUAAGUGAUGUUUUUGAACAUUUUAAUUUAAUAAACAGAACUUGUGACACAACUCAUGAAAAAGGAGGGAUUUUGGAUUUGACUGUUACUUCUGGUUCAUUCCCUGCCAAGAUCGAAGUAUUUUUACACAGUCAUUUUUCGGAUAAUUUUUUUGCUUCAGGCGCGUCUAUCGGUUAA